UGAUGUUGCGGAAAAGGCAGAGCGAUCCUGCCGGGCUCAGUCGGGACUGCUCGGGCGGCGGCGGAGGCGGCAGCAGCGGGGUAGCGAGCGGCAUGCGAGUGCCCCCCCGGCGCUAUGGCUAGCGGUGGCUCCGGCAAGUCCAGCAGCGAGGUCUCCGGCGGCGGCAUCCCCAGCAGCAGCUCCGUGCAGAGGAAGAAGCUCAUCUCUAUCUGCGACCACUGCAAGAUCAAGAUGCAACUGGUGGCCGAUCUGCUUCUGCUGUCGAGCGAGACCAGGCCGGUGAACACCGAGAGUCUGUCUGUCUUCGGUGAGUCCUUUGAGAAGUGCAGGGACACGAUCAUUGCCAGGACCAAAGGACUCUCCAUCUUGACCCAUGACGUCCAGAGCCAGCUCAACAUGGGACGCUUCGGGGAGGUGGGAGAAAGCCUGAUGGAGAUGGGGGAGCUGGUGGUCUCCCUGACCGAGUGCUCUGCCCACGCUGCCUACCUGGCUGCAGUGGAGACUCCGGGGGCCCAGCCUGCCAUGCCUGGCUUGGUGGAUCGCUACAAGGUGACCCGAUGUAGGCAUGAGGUGGAGCACGGCUGCGGGGUCUUGAAGACCACCCCUUUGGCAGAUAUGAGCCCUCAGCUCCUGCUGGAGGUUUCUCAGAACAUGUCCAAGAACUUGAAAUUCCUGACUGACGCCUGCGUGCUGGCCAGUGAGAAAUCCAAGGAUAAAUUUGCUAAGGAGCAGUUCAAACUCAGUGUCAAAUGUAUGAGCACCAGCGCCUCUGCCCUCUUGGCCUGUGUCAAGGAGGUGAAGACCUCGCCCAGCGAGCUGACCAGGAACCGGUGCGUCUUGUUCAGUGGACCUUUGGUGCAGUCUGUCUACGCUCUGGUGGGCUUUGCCACUGAGCCCCAGUUUUUGGGUAAAGCUGCCACCAUUAAUCCAGAGGGCAAAGCUGUGCAAACUGCCAUCCUAGGAGGAGCCAUGAGUGUGGUAUCUGCUUGUGUGCUCCUGACCCAAUGCCUCAGGGAUAUAGCCCAACACCCCGAAAGUAGCACCAAAAUGAGCGAUUACAGGGAACGGUUGAGGAACUCAGCUUGCGCCGUCUCGGAUGGUUGCAACCUGCUAUCUCAGGCACUAAGAGAAAGAUCUUCACCCAGGACUUUACCGCCAGUGAACUCCAAUUCUGUGAAUUAACCCCCACAUCUUCUGUUUAGAUCCCAGUCAUUGCUAAAGGAAAAUAAUAUCCCACCUCCUCACCCCUUUUUUGUAUACCAAAGAGUUUGCUUGGAUGAGCCCAAUCCUUUGAUUUCAUGUGGUGAAGAAGCAGAACGUAUUCAAACUAUAUGUACUAAUAAAGGUAGCCAGUUUUGGCUUCUUUUUAUUUUACUUUAAAGUUAAGCAAGUAUCUGCAGAUAAAUUUUCCUUUAUUCAACAAGGUCUUCACACAAGUGGUAAAACUAUUUCAAAGUUUUUUUAUAUUUGGGGAGGUGGGGGUAUCUUAGAAAAAGGAGAAAAAAAAAGAGCUUUAAUCGCGCUGGGUGCGGUUUUUAAAGUUUGUCUUGUCUUGUCUUCCGAAAUUUCCCUUCUAAAUUUUGCUGUUCGGUUGUGCAGGAAAAAGGUUACCUCAGUUCUAACUCAUUUAAAAAAAUGAAAAAACCCAACAACACAUAGAUGAUGGAUGUAGCUACUAUUUUGUUUGUUUUUGUUUUGUAUGACUUUUUUUAUUUUGCAUCAAGUGUUAGGUUAGAAGUGCAUUUGGUGUGUAGGAGUGGAAGGACUGGAGGUUGUGAUUAUGUUUUCCAUGUGUUGAUUUCCAAACUGGGGGAAAAGCUACUGUGAGUGUUUAAACAAACAAACAAAAUUACACUAUAACAAAAGUGAUUUUUAAUUUUUUUCCAAUGUCAGUUUUUAUCUUGCAUGUACUGGAGUAUUUAUUUCAUCUAUUAAAAUGUUAUGUUUCUCAGA